AUGGCCACCAGCACCCGAGUGGUUGUCCUGUUCCUCUUCCUGCUUGCUGGCGCGGAGGCGGAGCGCAUCAAUUCCGCCGCGACUUUGGCCACCGCCGCUCGCGCGCAGAUCCAGGCGCACGGCUUCAAGGGGCGCUCGUCUGCCGGCGACAAGACCAUGGACCUGGACUGGCCCGGCUGCGGCUCCAAGACCGACUGGCUCUUCGGCCCGCGCUGCAGCGACGUCGAGGGCUGCGAGUGGCACAAGCUGUGGCUCGACACGCCGAGGCAGUCGUGCCGCUUCUCGGACGGCUACAAGCUUCGGCCGGAGAACGUCCAGAGGUUCCUCCCCGUGGAGCUCGCGCGCCUCGAGGAGAAGAGCGCCACGUUUGCCAAGAGCGGGUGCCUUUUCGGCGGCUGGUUCGCGAAGUGCUACCGCCGCAUGCGGCAGAUCAUCCGCCUGCUCAAGUACGUGCGCCGUGCCGUGAGCGACGCCAAGAGCGACCCCUCGCACCCGGCUCAUGCGCUGGCCGCCAGCGAAGAGACGUCGCAGAAGCUGCUCAGGGCAGCGGACAAUCUGGCCGCCGGCUUCAGGAAGCUCCAGGGCACGGACGGUGUUGGCGAGGCCUUUGGCAUGAUGGCCGAGGGGCCCGAGAGUUUGCGCGCCGCGGCCGCGGCCGUGGAGGGCGCGGAGAACCGCUCGCUGACGGACGAGGAGAAGGUGGCGAUGGAGAACACCAGGGCCGUCGAGGGGAUGUUGAAGGCGGCCGGCACGAACCUGGACGACGAGCAGCGCGCCGAGCUCUACGCGCAGAUCGAGGCCGGCGGGCCCAUGGCGGAGAGCGAGGACGAGCUCGACGCAGACGUGGAGGACCUGGUCGGCUCCCUGGACGAGGCCAUGGGCGCGUCCGACGACGAGGACCGCAGCAGCCUGCAGGAGCAGGAGGGCCCCACCGCCGAGGAGGACGGCGGCGACGACCCCGAGGACGCUGUGGCGAAGGCGGCAGACGCUGGGGCCCUGGUGCAGCUCGGCGCCCAGUCCGGCACGAACUCCACCGCAGCGAUGCAGGCCCGCGGGACCGGCCCGCUGAAGUGGCUCUUCAAGCACGGGCUGGGCUGGAUCGUGACCCGCAUCGCCUGGGUGCUGCUGUUCUUGGUCGGCUCCGCCAUCGGCCUGAUCCGCGCCGGCGUCAUCUUCCCGCUGCUCUUCCUGGGAUGCACGCUCACGAAGUUCAUCACGUGGGUCUUUCGGGACGUGGGCUACAACCUGCUGUGGGAGGGCGAGAUCGACCUAGUGGCGAAGCGGUUCUUGAAGAUCGGGAAGUGCCCGGCCUGGGCCUGGGAGGCCGUCGGCUUCGACGCCUCGUCCAAGGACACCGUGAAGCAGAUCGUCGUGCAGCCCGCCACCUUCGCUUCGGGCGUGACUGGGGUGCACCACUGGUACAAGAGCGAGGAGGGCCUGUGCGCCAAAGUCAAGUGUGGCUCGCACGCUGCAUGCCACAGAGGCGACUGCAUCUGCAACAAGGGCUACUACCCGGACGCCAGCUCCCCUGGCCACUGUGUCCAAGGCCUCACGUCAGCGGGAUGUCGAUGCAAGGCCAUGUGGUCGCAGCAGGAGCUGGUCAUCUUCAGCAGCCGCCACUACGGCUGCCCUUCGAGCGGGAGAUGCGAGGUUGACAGGGCCCACGCUUCGUUCAGCACAUGCAGGAGCAACAUCGUCUCUGCACCGAAGGGCAUCCUCGAGCACGUCGGAAACGCCGUGGGCAUCCUGGACUCGGCUGUCUUCGACACCUGCAGGGCGCUGCUUCCAUUCCGUGGCAUGGUGGUGCCGGUCGCCUCGUAG